AUGGCCUCCUCCACAGAAAUGCCAGCGGACCACGACUGGCGCGACAGCACCCAUGAGCUCUACUAUCCCACCAGCAGUACUGCAGUUCCUGUGGUGACGACUGAUUUGAUCGGCCGACCCUGGAACUCUAAAUCCUUCCUCGAAGAGGGGCAGGAACAGCUCAAGAAAGACAAGAAACUGGUCAAGAAGAACAAAACAGCCGCCAAAUAUCCUCUUCGCACCGAACUUCCAGCUCUGAUCUCACCGCAAACGAUCCUAACUAAUCACUUCGAGAUCACUACCGAUGCGGCGGACCUCUACGAAUAUGAGAUCCUUGAUCUGGAGGGAGAAGGACGCACCAAGAAGAAAGUCCAAGCACUGUUCAAGAGAGCCCUGGAGGCCUGGACCCACCUCAACAAUGACCAAGCCAACUUCGCUACCGACAAUCAAAAGACGAUUGUGUCUUGGGUGAAUUUGCACCAAAACCUCACGACACCACCGCAAGUGCCCGGAGACGCAGCCAAUGAGAACGCAGGCGCAGUAUGGCCCAGCCAAAACAUUACGACAGGAAACAAUCCGGUCGCUGCCCGCUUGAAGUUCGUUGGCAAAGUACCCAUUGGUAGACUACACAAUCAGACUAUGGCUACCCUAAGCGAGGUCCAUACUGAUCUGGCUGCUGUUGAACGAUGCCUCAAUAUCAUCAUAUCCAAGAGCUUCGAUGCCGAAGUAUACCGGCAUUCCGUUGACAAGUUCUUCGUAAAGAAGGCUCGGAAAACCCUCUACCGCGAACAAAACAAGAUCCAGUACCACUCGCAGUCGUUGGAAAUCAUGCGUGGCUACUACUACACUAUCAAGCCGGGCAUGGGAUGUCUGCUGAUGAACUUCAAUGUUGCUACAAGCGCUUUCUUUCGUCCCGUCCUUGUCAGCGAGUUUCUGGCAGAUAGCGAGACAUUCCCCGACUUGGAAGAACGUAUAGCGCUUUUGAGCAAACUCCGCGUCUACGUCGACCCGAAGCACAGCCAGCAGCGCUUGAACAAUUUUGGUGCUCGCAUCAAGUCUAUCCACAGCAUUGGUGACAACAACAACCCCGAUGAGAAAAUCGAGGACCUGAGUUUCGUCGAGAAGGUGAAGGGAACCGAUGGUAAGCCAUUAAAGGACCCGCAAGGCAAUUUCAUCUUCCGGACGAUACCAACAAAAGUUACCGAUCACAUCAGAAGCAGUUUUGGUCUCACCGCGAUGACGGGCCGCAAAGCCGUCAACGUAGGCACGGCUACCGACCCUGUCUGGUACGCGCAGGAGCAUCUACGUAUCGUACCCUACCAAAUCUUCAGACGUCCUGUUCCUGAACAUCUGACAAGCUCGAUGGUCAAUCAAGCUGCACUCAACCCCGGCGUCGCCCAGACUCUUAUCGAACGCGAAGGCCUUGCCCAUCUUGGCUUCAAUGAAGUCAAGAAUGAGAAGGUCGGCUUCAGGAACGGCGCACCGUUGUCGCUCUAUCCUACUAUGAUGCGUGUGGAAGCUGGCAGGAUGCCCUUUCCCUCUGUGACAUACAAAUGGAACCAACACCACAAGGAGAAUAGCAAGAAGAGCCUCUCAUUCAAGCAGUCUGUCUGGAAUAUUGAAGACGAUCACCAGUUUCAUGAGCCCAAAAUCUCGGCCAUGCGGUACUACGUUAUCCACCAGCUUCAGAAUCGGCAUAUCACACCAACGAUCGCCAACUUCGAAACCGAGUUGCUCAACCAGCUGGGCCGGAAAUGUGGAUUGGCAAACACCCAAGUCGUUCGUGUCAAUCCUGGAAACAAUGCAGCUACUAUCGGAUCGGGAGAGAAUCUACAGUCAAAAAUGGCAGAAGCUGUCUCCUUGAAGGCUGAUCUUGUCAUACUCAUGCUUUCGUAUCCGGACCGACACGUGUACGCGCACUUCAAGAAGCUGGCGGACAAGCAAUUCGGAAUUCGCUCACUCUGCGUCGCCAAACCCUCGCACCUCGAAACUUUGGGCACCGACCAGAUUACGAAAUACAUGUCGAACAUCACACAGAAGAUCAACAUCAAGUUCGGUGGUAUCAACGCAUCGGUCGAGUACAUUUCCGAUGCACUAGGCAAGAACACUCUUGUUCUUGGCGCAGAUGUAAUCCAUCCCGGCAUUGGAGCAUAUGAGAACUCACCUUCCAUUGCGUGUAUUGUAGGAUCGGUCGACCACGAAGCUGGCAGGUUCCUUGGCUCAGCUCGCCUACAGAGCAAGGACAAGACUGACCGCGAAAUCAUCGACCACGUCCAAGAGAUGGUGGAAGAAAGAAUCAGGGCCUGGAUGGUCGCCACAGGCAGUGCCGUGCCCCCACAGAACUUCAUCUACUACCGUGAUGGUGUUUCAAAAGGACAAUACUCGCGUGUUAUAAGCGUCGAGUUGGCAGCUAUCGGACGGGCCGCAGAAGCAGUCCGAAAGCGGAGCAACACAAUGACGAUGGGCGGCGGCAAAGGUACCAAAAUUACUGCCCUCGUGGGUGUCAAACGUCAUCAUACUCGCUUUUAUCCUAUCGAUGCGAACAGCAAAGAUGGCUACGGUAACAACAACUGCAACCCUGGUACCUACGUCGACCGUACAGUCACUUCGCCGUACUUCCGGGACUUCUAUCUGCAGUCGCACAGUGGCAUCAAAGGAACCGCACGACCCACGCACUACUUUGUUCUACGGGACGAUGGGAUAGCGUCGUGCACAAAUACUGCCAAUCUCCGCAAAUUGACUCAUCACCUGUGCUACACCUAUUGCCGAGCCACGACUGGUGUUUCAUACGCCGCCCCAACGUACUAUGCCGACCGUCUCUGCGACCGAGCACGUCUCUACCUCCUCGACACGUGGGCGGGCCGCGACGCCACCUUCCUUGGAACACUCAACACCGCUAAAGCGAAUGAGCCUACCCGCCUGCAAACCGAUCGCGACGCCAGGUAUCGUGGAGGCCGGGCUUUUGAUGCUGCAGCCGGAGAUGUGAAGAGCAACGCAGAGAUUGACGAGGAGAACGCCGUCCCUCAGGCUGUGAGAGCACACUUAAGGGCCUUAGUAUUGGCACGCGCGCAAGCCGAAUUUUACAGCGAAAAGCCAGCUGGAACGACGACGGGUAAUCCUUGGCACGAGUCUCUCGACAAGGUCAUGUUUUGGAUGUGA